GAUAGAGACAGAGGGAAAGUGAGCGUUUCUUUAGAGCAAAGUACCUUUUCGUCUUAAAAAGUGGAAUACUUUCUCGAAUCCUGAAGAUUCCAUAUAGUAGAAGAAGAAGAAGAGCUUCUCACUUUACCCAUUUUAAUCAGAGAGACUCAGGCUUUUUUUUCAUUUAGUUCAAGCUAUGGCGAUGCUCAAAGCCUUAUCCUUUUUGUUCGUUUUGUUGUUGUGCUUCGAGAUUCAUGGAACCAUGGCUACAAGUUACUCGUUUUCGUUUGAUGGGUUCGCAAAGUCUCCGAGUCUUGAAAAGAACGUUGCUUUAUUUGGAGAUUCGAAGCUGUUCAGUGACGGUUCUUCGAUUCAGCUGACUGAAUCCGUGAGUGGAAGCGUGGGAAGAGUCGUUUACGCGAAACCCAUCAAGCUUUUCCAAGGUAAAGAGAGUAGGAACUCGUUAUCUUUCUCGAGUUACUUCUCCUUCUCGAUGCCGGAUGAGGUUGGUGACGUCAUGGCUUUUGUAAUGGUUCCAACUAGUUUGGAUCUUGGCCUCUUCGGUAAGAAAGAUAACAGUUCCUCUGCGUUAGAGUUUCUGUUUCAGUACGCAAAGAAGGAGACAGUUGCUGCUUUUGAGUUUGAGAUUUCCAAUAGAGGAAACCGUGCGAGAAUCUUGAUAGGUAAACCUGAGUCUUCCGAAAUUAGAAACCUUUCCUUUGAGGGUGACUUGUUGAUGGACGAUGGAGGGAGGUUGAACUGUAUGAUCGAGUAUGAAGCACUUAUUAAGAGGAUGAUGGUUAGAUUCAGAAAACCAGGUUCGGUUAAGUUGUUAGAUCCAUUCUUCUCUUUCUCAGUAGACUUGGGGGAGCUAUGGAAUGGUGGUGAGUUCGUUGUGGGUUUAAGCUCUGUAAACGGGAACUCUUCCAAUGCACAUUUCCUCCAUUCAUGGAGGUUUGAGAUAAGGCAGCCAACGCCGGUGUGGACGCAUUCACUGCCGCUUGAACCGAAUCAAGCGAUAGAGGCUGACGUUUCCACGGAGGAGGGAGAGGGUGUUGAGAGAAACGAGUGCAUAUGGAGAAUGCUUGGUGUUUUGGUGUUUGGUGCAGUGUGUGGAGCGUUAGGGGUAAUGCUGGCUUUGUAUCUAUGGACAAUAUGCGGUCUGAGGCGGUCAAUGGCGGUGGUGGUACCAGAGGAAUGCCAUGUGAAAGGGUUGAGUGUUGGGGUGAGUGGUAUUGAAGAAGGCAAGAAGUAGUGAAGGACUUUGGUUUGGUUUUGGAAGCUUGUCUUAUGCUGUAGUGUAAAUGUAUUGUCUUUCUUCUACUCCAUUUGUCUCUAAUGACUUCUGUGUGGACUUAAAUCAGUUUAAUUUGUAAAAUCACUAUGAAAAGAAGGCAUAAUCUUUUAUUGA